GAUCCUGACGAGAAGCAGCGCUGGCGGGGGGUUCGAAAGUUGAGCGGAGCCGGACGCGGGGCCGCGCAGCUCAUCUGAACUCUAUCCAAGCUAUGUAGUUGGUCCAGUAAAAGUGAUCACCCUAAGGAAUCCUUGCCCUGUAUUUCUUUAGAAACGAACAAGGAGAUAAAAUGAGUUGGGCUGUGGAAGAAUGGAAAGAAGGUCUUUCCACAAGAGCCCUUCAGAAGAUUCAGGAGCUUGAAAGUCAACUAGACAACCUGAAAAAAGAACGACAGAAAAGGCAGUUCCAACUUGACUCUCUGGAGGCAGCUUUGCAGAAGCAGAAGCAGAAGGUUGAAAAUGAAAAAAGUGAAGGAGUAACACUGAAAAGAGAGAACCAGAGCCUGAUGGAAUUAUGUGAUAAUCUUGAGAAAGCAAAGCAGAAAAUUUCACAUGAGCUUCAAGUAAAAGAAUCACAAGUUAACUAUCAAGCGGGGCAAUUGAAUUCAGGAAAGAAACAAAUAGAGAAACUGGAACAGGAGCUUAAAAGGUGCAAAUCUGAGCUUGAGAGGAGUCAGCAAACCCUUACUACAGGAGAUAUAUCAUUCAGUGGCACACCACAGAAGACUUUUACUGCUUCUUUAACACCAACUCAAAAUCAGAAUGAUUCAAAGUUUGAGGAGCUACAAGAAAAAUAUAAUAAAGAAGUUGAAGAAAGAAAAAGAUUAGAGGCAGAACUGAGAGCCAGCCAGAUUAAAAAAAUAAAUCAAUCUCAUCUUCAAAGCACUAUGAGUCACAGGGAAAUUGCUCGGCAUCAGGCAUCCUUGUCAGUUUUCUCCUGGCAACAGGAAAAGACACCAAGCUGUCCUCCAUCCAGCAAUCAGGAAACCCCCUUAAAAAGAAGUUUUUCUACCUCCAGUUUUCCUUGGGAACAAGAGAAGACUCCCAGCCAUUCUGGCUUGAGAUCAGAGAAGAAAGAUUUCAACAGAAGUUUCUCUAAUAAUUCUAGUAAUUCUCCAGUCAUUGAUAGGUUAAAAGCACAAAACCAAGAGCUAAGCUCCAGAGUUAAAGAACUGGAGCACAUUCUACAAGUUCAAGAAAAAGAAAAGAAAUCUCAUAUGAAUAAACUUCAAGAAACUCAACUUCAGCUGGAUAAAAUGAAGCAGACAUUAAGUGAAAAAGAUAAUAACUUGAACAAAGGCAAAGAUGAACUCACUAGAAUGACAGCACAACUUGACCAAGCUGCUGCACAGUAUGAAACAGUGGAGCAAAAAGUUAAAAAGCUGUCGGAAGAACUGAAGUGUCAAAGACAAAAUGCUGAAAGUGCUCGUCACUCAUAUGAGCAGAAAGUAAAAGAAAAGGAGAGGGAAUAUAUGGAGGAACUGUCUCGUCAACAGCGUUCCUUACAUACACUAGACCAGCAGUGCAACCAGAUAAAAUGCAAGCUGAACCAGGAACUGCAGCAAGCCAAAAAUGACUACAAUGCUCUACGGGCAGAACUUGACAAAGUGACAGCAGCAAAACAGCUUUUGGAACGUGAUUGCAGUGAGCUUACUCAGAAGCUGAGUAGAGCAGAGCAGGCAUUGCUAGCAACUCAGUCAAAGGAAAAUGAGCUGAGGAAAAACUUUGAGGAAGUGAAAAAGGAAAAAAAUUUCCUUAAUUGCCAGUUUGAUCAAAAGUUGCGAGAGAUCCACCAGCUGGAAGAAGAACUAAAAACAGCAAAGCAAUUUUUAAAGCAGAGCCAGAAUUUUGCAGAAGAGAUGAAAAAUAAAAAUCUCUCUCAGGAAGCAGAGCUAAAAUUGCUCCAAGAAAAAUUAGACAAGCAAGAUAGUUCUGUAACUUUGGAGAAACUGAAAUUAGUAAUAGCUGACAUGGAAAAGCAGCAAGAAUCUGUUCAAGACUUGCUUAUACAAAGAGAAAAUCACAUUAAAGAAUUAAACAAUAAAAUAGGCAAAAUGGAAAAAGAAACAGAAGAUUUACAGAAGGCCCUUGGAGUGAAGAAGAGAGAAUGUGAAGAAAUAAGAAAGGAGAUUAUCACUUUUUCUGAGUGGAAAACUGAAAAUGAACAGCUUGCGAAUCAUCUAGAGUCUGAGAAGGAAGGUUUGCUAAACAAAAUUAAUCACUUGGAAACUUCUCUCAAAAAUCAACAAGCUAAAAGUCAUGAAACCAGUGAGAGAGUCAGAAACAUGGAAAUUGAAAAUGAAAGGUAUAAUAUAGAAAUUAAAAAUCUCAGAGAGACUGUAGAAUGUAAGAAUGCAACAUUAGACGCACAGAAAAAAGCCUACGAUGAACUUCAGCAAAAAGCAGACUGUUCAGAGCAAAAAUAUAAGAAAGAAAUAGAAAAUAUGACUUGGAAAAUAGCAGAGCUCACCAACCAAAUUAACCUUCUUGGACAAAGGCUCCAGUUGACAGAAAAUAAGGCAGUGGAAAAGGAUCAAUGUUAUCAAGAGUUGGUUGUUAAAUAUGACAGAAUCUGUUCUCUUGUAAAAUCAAAAGAUAUUUCUGAAGUGACAGAAGAUGGAGAAGUAUAUUCACAAAAUGAUGAUUGUAAAACUGUUUUAGAUGACAGACAAAUUGCAAUGAGCAAUGCCACUGCAUCAACAAAAGAGCCUGGAGCAAUCACUGAAGAUCAAGAAAAUCAUUUUACAAAAAUUGCACUAGGAACAGGAAAGAACAAUCAACAGGAUGUGACUGUUUUCCAACAUCAGAUAUCUUCUCUUGAGACUUCAUUAAUAGCUCAAAAGCAGUUGAAUUCAGAUUUACAGAAACAGUAUGAAGAAUUGAUACAAAUCAAGGGUCAGACAGAAAAAAGGCUGCUUGAAGUAGAACAGAUUCAUGGAAGUUUUGUGACAGAGACUAAGCAACAUAUUAGUAAUUUGCAAGAGGAUGUAUCUGCUCGGCAGGUUUUUGUUGGUAAAAUAUUAGCUGCUCUUGAAGACAAGGACAAGCAAUUCCAAAAGUUGAAUAAAGAAUUAGAAACUCGGCAAGCAGAGAUUCAGGAUUUAAAAAUAAAUAACCAAAUGCUUGAGGAAUCAGUAAGGCAAUUACAACUUAUGUCUGAAACAUGGAAUUCAGAGAAAAAAGAGAUGUCUACAAUGAUUUGCUUAUAUAAAGAAGAAAUUGAUGGUAUUAUUGAAAAAAAAGCAACCCUUCAGGGCAUUAACACAACUUUAGAAGAAGAAAAAGUAGAUCUUCUAAAAGCACAUGCCCAUAUUUCUAAUAAUUUAAAGGAAAGAGAAGAAAUGAUUUCUGACAUGUCCAAAAAACAUAAAGAGGAACAACUGUCACUUGAAAAAAGAUAUGAAGAAAUUGAAAGAGAACUUGCAAUUCUACAAACAAAAUACCAAUCGGUAGAAGAAAAGAAUGCCAACAUAGAAAGUAUUUUAAGACUUCAAACAAAGAACUUUGAGGAGAGAAAAUCAGAAAUAGAAGAAGACAAACAGCUUAUUAAUGAACACAAAGAAGUUUUAUUGAGGCUAAAGUUAUCAGAGGAAAAAAAUAGAGAUUUGAUUCAGGAACUUGAGAAACUACAAUCAGAGUUUUCCCAUAUCCAAAAUGCAUCUUCAGUUGAGCGUGAUUGUCUAAGAAAGGAGAUAUUACAUGUCAGGGCAGAACAAAAUAAAGUGCAAGAACAAUAUAACAUCCUGCAUCAAGAGAGAGAGGAACUAAUCAGGGCAAUAGAAACAAAGAAUGAACAUCAAAUAUGUAACUUAGGCCUUCUCUCAAAAGCUAAUUAUGAACAGUUGAAAGAGUCUGUGGAAGAAAAAGAGAGAAACCUGAAUAAAUGUCAAGUUAAGCUUGAGCUGUUACAGAUGGAUCUUGAGGACAAAGAAGUCUCUGUAGAAAACUACAAGACACAGGUAAUGCAACUAGAGGCUGCUUUGAAAAGUUCAGAGAUAAAACUUGAAGAAAGUGAGAAGGAAAAAGAGGGGAUGCUGCAAGAAUUAGAAAUUAUUAAAGAAAAACUAGAAACUCCAGAUGCUAAGUUUAUAGCAAUGAAUACAAAUGAACAUUCAGAGGAUUUUAAUGGUGAUGUUGUUUCCCAGUACCAUUAUAAAAAGGCAAUGGAUGAAAAAUGUUCUUCAGGUCUUCAUGAGUUAACAUCAAGCCAGAAUGAUGAUGCUCAACUAGUAUCUUCUUGGCAGAUGACAGUAAAUAGAGUAAAUGAGUUGGAGAAAAUGUGUGAAAAGGUGCAGAUUGAAAAGUUAGCCUUAACAACUGAACAUAAUGAAUCAAAAACUGAAUCUGUGGCAACUACUGCUGAAAUGGCAGAAGAGGUAGGACAAUUAAUGAAUGAAGUUAAAAUAUUAAAAGAAGAAAAAGCUAUUGUUCCUGAUGAGUUUAUGGAUCAAAAUGAUGAAGAUAGAUCAGAAAUACAGUUUAAUGAGCCAAUGUCAUGCAAAUCUCUGGAAUGCAAUGUUGGGCUGAACUAUGAUUAUGAAUUUUUAAAAUUAUCUGAAAAAGAAGUUAAAAUACACUUUGUUGAAAUAAAGGAAAAACUUUUCUCUUUGCAAAACCAGCAUAAAAUUCUACAUGAGCAGCACUGUAAGACAAUCUCUCAAAUAUCUGAGCUGCAGUCUUGUAUUGAAACACUUAAAGCAGAAAAUUCUGCUUUGUCAACAAGUCUGAACAAAGUUCAUACUGAUUUAGUACAGGCGACUCCUGUCCAGAACAGUGGUGAGUUUAAAUCAGUUGACUCCAAGCACAUCUUUUCUCCAUUGGGUCUUAAUGAAAUCUCCCGUUUUGCAGAAGAAAGUUUUGUGUGUUCUUCUUUUGACAAUCAUAUGUACAAAAAGUCUGAAGAAAUAACUCAUCUGAAUAGCUCCGAAGAAUCUGUUUUAGGGAAUACAACAGAAAUUAGUGUAGUUGAAGAGCCUUAUGAUCAUGCUUUGGAACAUAUUGCACAGCAAGAGAGCAUUACAUCUACAAAAUGUCAUCUGAACAGUAAAAUUGAAGAGCUUCAGACACUGUGUCAGACAUACGAAAAGUCUAUCAAGAUGCUUGAAGACCAAUUUUGCUCUCAAGAAAAUAUGAAAAAUGAAGAGAUACAAGAACUAAAGCAAAUAAUCCUUUCUGAAAGGAAAGAAAUAGAUGACCUCAAAAAGCAAAAUGUUUCAGACAAUGAUCAGUGGCAGCAAAAACUCAAUAUUGUAACCAUGGAGAUGGAAUAUAAACUGGCGGCGGAGAAGAAACAGACUGAGAAUUUGUUUCUACAGCUUGAAGUGGCAAGGCUCCAACUACAAGGCCUUGAUUUAAGUUCUCGUUCACUGCCGUGCAUAGACAUUGAAGAUGUGCCUCCUGAAGAAGAAGAAAAUGGCUUGCAACAAUUAAAAGUGGAUAGUUUGCUCAGUGAGAACUUGACACAUGAAAGUGAUACACCUGACAUAAAACUCUGUGAGCAAAUUGCUAAAGAAGAGACUGGAUGUGGAAAAGUAACUGAGAUUACUGAAACAAGAUCAAAAGAAAAGCAUUUGGAGAAAUUUACUUCAGAGAGAGACUAUAGCUAUAUGUCAGACAAAAACACAAACCUUUCAGACAAAACAAGUGAUUUGUCACUUUCUAGUCACAGUUUAUCUGAAACUGCUGUGGAUUUCUUGGAAAAUGAAGUAGCCAUUGAAACUCUUCAGCAACAGGUAACUCAGAAGCCUGAGGAAAACUUGAUGCUGUUCCAUGGAAUACAAGGAAGCAAUGAAAAAGCGGAUAUGCUGCUAUUUGAAAUCAAAGAAUUAAACUCAAGGUUGGAUUUAAAGGAGAUGGAGCUUACUGCAAAGAUAAGUGUUUGUACAGAACUAGAAAAAACAGUUCUAGCCCUUGAAAAAGAACAACGUGACUUAAAAGAAAAACUUGAAUCUGCUGCUUUUGAUAAGCAGCAACUAUCUUGUAGAGGGAUGACUCUAGAAAAAGAACUUGAAAAAGUAAGGUCUGACAUGGAAAUGUACAAAGUUAGACUUUCUGAUGUGACAGACAUGCUAAAUGACUUAGAAAAGACCAAAGGAGAGUGGCAGGAAAAGUUCCUUGAAACAGAAAAUGAAUUGAAAAGGACUAAAUCUGAGAAAGCUAAUGUUGAGAACCAUGCUCUGGCCUUGGAAGGUGACAUUGAGGUGCUCCAGACAAAAAAUCGGCAAUUAGAAAGAGACAGUGAAAAUAAACUGAAAACUAUGUCUGGUUUUCAAGAACAACUUGCUGUCAUCACAGCUGAGAGAAACCAGCUUGGUGAAGAGCUAAGCAUUUUGAGGGAAAACAAAGAGGAAUUGGAUGAAGUGUAUCAGAAACUGCAAGAAAAAACAAAAGAGCUAGAAUCAAAUAAAAUAGAUUCUACUGAAUUUGUUAGGAUCUUGGAGGCUGAAGUGAAGACACUAACAAAACUACUUCAGACUGAAAAGUCCAAUGCAAGUCAUUUAACAAAGGAAAAAGACUGUCUUUUGCAGCAGUUGGAAAAAAAUACAGAGGUUCUAGCAUUAGAAGAACAAAAGUUGCAAAGCCUAACUGGACAUCUGAAUGAGGAAAAAGAAUUGAUUCUAAAAAAGUCAGAAAUGUUGCAGACUCAGUUAAGUGCAUCAGAAGUGGAAAACUCAAAGCUUUCCAAAUCUUUGGAAGGCUUAUUAACAGAGAAACGUGAACUUGCUGCUAGGCUCAACUCAGCACAAGAGGAGGUAGAUCAAAUGCGAUGUGGAAUUGAGAAAUUGAAAAUAAAAAUAGAAUCUGAUGAAAAGAAAAAACGCCAUGUAGCUGAAAAACUAAGAGAGUGUGAAUGGAAAAGAGACUCUCUUCUGGACAAAGUUGAGAAGCUUGAAAGAGAAUUGCAGAUAUCAGAAGACAAUCUAGAAGAUGCAAUUCUUCGAGCAGAGACCGCUAAGGUAGAGGCGGAAACUUUAAGCACUGAGAUGGAAGAGAGAGGUCAAAAAUUGAAAACUUUAGAAUUAGAAAUUACUGACAUCCAGGCAGAAAAAGAAGGUUUGGUUAAAGAACUAAAAGAAAAACAAGAAAAAAUAUUUGAAUUAGAAUCUUCUAAUUCCACCAUUGUAAAACUGCUAGAAAUAAAGGAAAAAGAAAAUAUUAAAAUGAGAGAGUUGCAAAAUGUUGUGCUGUUGGUCACAUCUCAGCUGAAGGAUGCAAGGCAUUCUUAUAAUGAGCAAGAAGUCUGUGAGGCAAAAGGAUUAGACAUAAUUAAUGAAGUUGGAUGCCUUGAAUAUGAUGAUAAAACACAAUUACUCGAGGAACUUCAGGAAACGGAAACCUUCAGUGCCAAAUUAGAGCAAUCAGUGAAAGCACUUGUUCAGAAACUUGCAACCUACAAGCAAAAGCUGACUGAGAAGAUCCAAGAAAAUGUUACACUUCAAAAUCAAAUAAAAGAUGCAGAACAGGUCUCCAUACAGCUUUUACAUUUGGAAAAUGAACAUGAACACUGGAAGGAGGCAAAAGAAGGGCUGCAAAAUUUGAUGGCUGAAUUAAUACCAAAGGUUCAAAAUCUAUCCAACACUGAAACUUGGCAGUCUGCCUUAGAAAAUCUAAAAAUAUCUUACAAAGAUCUUGAGAAGGACUUGGAAUCUACACGAUCUGAAAAAAUUGCGUUUCUUGAAAAGGUAAAUGAACUUACUGAAAAUAAUAUCUUGCUGGAAGACAAACUAAAGAAGGGUGAAGAGAAGAUUAUGAAACUGCAAGAAGAAUUAACCACCGAAAGGAAUAUCCUUGUUGAACAAGUUCAACAUCUUCAAGAACAGACAGAAAACAACCUGAUUCAGCUGAAUCUAAACACGUUAGAAAAAACAGAAUUGAGUAACAGUUUGGAUAAGGUGCAGAAGGAACUGGAAGAAAAAGGAAGAGAAAUGAAAAGAGAACUGUCAGAAUAUCAAAGAAGGCUUCAUCAAAUGGAGAAGAAUCAUCAGGUUGUUCUGGCAGAAACAAACAAAAAGAAUGAACUUGAAACUAUGGCAUGUCAAGACAAACUGAAGUCAUUGGAGCAGUGUAUCAGUGCACAAAAGUUGGAGAUGGAGCUCCUGAAAUCAAGUAAAGAGGAAUUAAAUAACUCUCUGAAAGAAGCCAAUCAGAUGAUAGAGGGCCUUACAAAAAACAAGGCAGACAAUCUUAAGACCAUAGUUCAGCUAAAGAAGGAUAUUGAAUUGGCCCACAGUAAAUUGCAGCUCUGUAUUGAAUCCUGUAAACAAAUGGAGCAAGAAAAAGAAGUUUUGCAGAAACAAGUUGUUGAACGGGAUGCUUUAUUAAAGGAACAAAAUCAAACUGUUGCUGAUGGUGUCAGUACAGAAGAAAUGAGGUUGAAGCUUGAAGAACUGCAGGAAUCUGUAGAAGUGAAAACCAAAGAAGCAGAUGAGAACCUGGAGAAGUACUGCUCUUUGAUUGUUAACUUCCACAAACUAGAGGAAGCAAAUGAAAUGUUAAAAACGCAAGUCUCCCUGCUGAAUGCUCAGCUGAAACCAACAACAGACGUUGUUGUCAGUAAUUCUCCUUUGCACAGUUUGGAUAAUCCAGUAACAGUUAAUGAUCAGCCAGUUACAAAGAGGAGGUUGAAUGAGGAGUCAACUCGGUGUUCAGGUAAAAGGCGAAGAAGUCAAGAAAUAAAGAAAGAAAAUGGAGUACCAAGAUCUCCUAUACCAGAGACGUUAGCUAAAAAGCUUAAAAAAGGAGCUAUCUACCAGGAUUCACUGAGUGAGAACACAGAAUAUCAACCAGAGGGACUCCCAGAAGUGGUGAAAAAAGGGUUUGGUGAUAUCCCUACUGGAAAAAUUAGCCCUUAUAUUUUACGCAGAACAUCUUUAAACCUGAGAACCAGUCCCCGCCUUGCUGCCCAAAGCCAGAGAUCAUCACCAUCAACCCAGAGCUUUCAAAAAGGCAGGUCAGAUAAUCUUGCUGAGCUCUCCAAACCAACAGCUGGUGGCAGCAAAUCACAAAAGGUGAAUGAUGCUCUGCAGUGCCAAGCAGGAACACCCGUCUUACCAAUGGAACCUACUUCAAGAUCUCCUGUGUGUGUAAAUAAGCAAUCCAUGAAAGCUGUUGCUGAGAGUUCAAGAGAGAGCCUUGAAACGCCGAAAAACAAGUGUUCUUUGCGGAAACAAACCUUGCCUGAUAAAGAUGAAGAAGAAAACUGUAGGGUACAGUAAAGCUGCAUUCAGAUCACUUCAGAGCAAAAUCCUGUUUAGAAGAUCAGAAAAUAUUUGUUGUGACUAAACAUAUGUCUAUAUUUUCUUUUGUGAAAAGACUGUUUAUUCUUUCACAACGUAUUGGUUUUGUAGAUCGUGUUCUUGAACAUUUACUAAUAGCUAUACUUACUAAAGCUACUAGAAAUACUCUGAUAGAAUAGAUGUCCAGUUUUAUUUAUAAUUGUGUUAGUAAUACAGCUGAUAUUCUUGGUUGAUGUAAAUAAUUUUUUAAAAACUUUUUGGAAAUAGAAAUUUUAAUAGUAAGAAAUAGCAAACCACAUAUUACAUAUGUGGGAUAUUACAUUACAACCUACAGUAUUCCUUUUGUUUACAAAUACCACUUUACAUUUUCAAAACAGGUUAUUGUUUGCAUUUAUUAAACAAAAAGGUUCUCUAGAUAUAAUGGAAACAUGGGUGAACAAAGGAAAAUGAAGUGAAAUGGCUGCAAAACCAGUUUGCAUUUGGCAAGACUGCACCUCUAGUAAAAAUGGAAAUUUAAUGUAGGUCAUGAUAAAAUGCAUUUGAAUUUGUGAAAAAUCAUUACAAAAAAGGCCAAGAUAAAAUAAAAACAGAUUUAUCACUUGAAAGGAUCUCAAGGCCAACCUACUAGCUGAACACAAUGCUAGGCAAAACAAAAGUAUCACAUCAGAUUGAUUAUCUAAAUGAUUAAUUGCCCAACUGAGUGGAAAUGAUUUCUCUUUUCUACCCCAGAAAAAUCCUGUUCAUGUUUACCUUUCCAGGCCAAGUAUUAAAAUAAUCAAACCUGCUAAAACACUAACAGUAGGAGCCCUAACACAAUAAACUGUACAAUGUAGAUAGAAGGUACUUUCUUUUUUUUCUGUUCUCAUAUUGGAUCAGACUUUCUCUAGUUUUUUCCAUAACUUUUCUUUAUUUGUUAACCACCUGCCAGUUGAAAGAGGAUGAAUGCCCCCUCCCGCCAUUCUUGUGUAAUGUGUAAACCUAAGUGAACAAUACAUUUUUACUCCAAGUCAAA